GAGUUCCCCCCAGGGACGGCUCCCGCGGGCAUCCGGCGGGGACAGCCCCGUGCUCGCUGCCCUUCACCGGUCCCGGCUUCCGAGCUGCCUGCAGGGCUGCACCAGGAGUCACCAUGUGGCGAUGUCCUCCGGAGCUGCUGCUGCUGCUGCUGCUGCUGGCCAGGGAGUUGGCCCUGGGUGUAGGGCGGGGCCGCAGGCGCCGGGAGCUCGCUCCUGCUCUGCACCUGCGGGGCAUCCGGGAUGCAGGUGGCCGGUACUGCCAGGAGCGGGAUCUGUGCUGCCGUGGCCGUGAGGACGAAUGCGCCAUGCCCUACCUGGGUGCUACCUGUUACUGUGACCUGUUCUGCAACCGCACGGUCUCUGACUGCUGCCCUGACUUCUGGGACUUCUGCCUUGGCGUGCCGCCUCCUUUCCCCCCCAUCCCAGGAUGUAUGCAUGGGGGCCGCCUCUACCCGGUCUUCGGAACCUACUGGGACAAUUGUAACCGUUGCACUUGCCAGGAAAAAGGGCAGUGGGCGUGUGACCAGGAGCCAUGCCUGGUGGACCAAGACAUGAUCAACGCCAUCAACCAGGGCGACUACGGGUGGCGGGCCGGGAACCACAGUGCCUUCUGGGGCAUGACCCUGGAUGAAGGCAUUCGUUACCGCCUGGGCACCAUCCGCCCAUCUUCCUCUGUCACCAACAUGAAUGAAAUUCACGUAAGUUUGAAUGUUUGCCUUGCAGACGGUGCUGGGGCAGGGGAAGUGCUGCCCAGGACCUUCGAGGCCUCUGAGAAGUGGCCUAACCUGAUCCACGAACCCCUCGACCAGGGCAACUGUGCAGGCUCUUGGGCCUUCUCCACGGCAGCUGUGGCGUCCGAUCGAGUCUCAAUCCACUCUUUGGGGCACAUGACACCUGUCUUGUCACCCCAGAACCUGCUGUCUUGUGACACCCACAACCAGCAGGGCUGCCGUGGUGGGCACCUGGAUGGUGCCUGGUGGUUCCUGCGACGUCGAGGGGUUGUGUCUGACCACUGCUACCCGUUCUUGGGCCGUGAGAGAGACGAAGCUGGCCACGCACCUCGCUGCAUGAUGCACAGUCGGGCCAUGGGUCGGGGCAAGCGCCAGGCCACUGCCCGCUGCCCCAACGGCCACGUCCAUGCCAAUGACAUCUACCAGGUCACUCCCGCCUACCGCCUGGGCUCCAGCGAGAAGGAGAUCAUGAAGGAGCUCAUGGAGAACGGCCCUGUCCAAGCCCUCAUGGAGGUGCACGAGGACUUCUUCCUGUACCAGGGUGGCAUCUACCGUCACACGCCAGUGAGCCUGGGGAGGCCAGAGCAAUACCGACGGCAGGGGACCCACUCGGUCAAGAUCACAGGGUGGGGCGAGGAGACUCUGCCGGAUGGAAGGACACUCAAAUACUGGACGGCAGCCAACUCCUGGGGCCCAGGCUGGGGUGAGAGGGGCCACUUUCGCAUCCUGCGUGGUGCCAACGAGUGUGACAUCGAGAGCUUCGUGCUGGGCGUGUGGGGCCGUGUGGGCAUGGAGGACAUGCGUCACCACUGAGGCCAUGCCAUCACGCCGGACGGCCGGCUGAAGAGUCCGAGUGUAGCAGGGUGGCGACUCCGCUCCGCCCUCUUGCCCAAAGGAGCUGGGGUGCAGGCGGGCGCCACCACCGGCCUGGGUCUAACCCCUCCAGCAGAUUCCGCUGACACAGCGCCCAGCCUGGGAGCUGUGGGCAGGCAAGGCUGGAGAAGCCCCCAGAGCUCCCAGUGGGGAAAGGGCAGGGCCUGGCCUGGAAGGAGCAGACCUGCACAUCCCAGGCCUACCUGUAGGGCCCACCCCUACACGAGACCACCAAAUCCAGGACACCCCCAAGUCUCCAGCCCCACUACCCUACCCCACCCUACUCUUGUACUCCUAUUCUUCAGAGAUAUUUAUUUUUCUUUUCACUGUUUUAAAAUAAAACCAAAGAAUUGAUAACUAUAACCACUGUG